AAGAAAAAUGUACUUCUUUCUACAGUGGAAUCGUUUUUAAAGUAAUGCUGUUUUCUCAAAAGACCCUUUUUUGACUGUUUCUCAUCUACCACAACUCUGUUUCAGAAGAAAAUGAGGUACCCCAAUGGUGUACCUCAUUUUAAAAAAAUUUGUACCUCAACUGUACCCCAUUAUAAAUCUUCUGUACCCCAUUUGAAAAUUAGGAGUUGGCAGCCCUGAUGACAACGAAUACCACAGAUAUUCAUAUUCAUGUUUUUCUUUUUUUUUUAGAAAUGCCUGAAUUAGGUUUGUGUACUGAUAUAACAUGUGAUGAUGAAAUGAAAGAAUUAUUUGAAUGUUAUUGUUGUUUACGUCUUGUUUGUUUAACUCAUUUAAUUACACAUCUUGAAACAAAAAAACAAAAAAAACAACAAUUAGAUGAUAUCUGUAAUCAACUAAAUACAGUUAAAAAUAAACUAAAAUUAAUUGUUGAAGAAAAACUAUUACCUAUUAAACAUGAACAAAAUUUGAUUGAACAAGCAGAAAAAUUUCUUGAUGUGCCUGGCAGUUCAUUUGAUGAAAUACGAAAUCUCUUCGAAAACAUUAAUCAAACAAUAGCAUCAAAUCAUUCCGAAGAAAUUAUGAUAAAAGUCGAACCAUUAUUAUCAGAAACUAAAUAUUGUUCUUCUAUUUGUACAUGUAAUAAGGAAAACAUAUAUUUCAAGGAUGAUGAAAAUUUAAAUGAUAUCAAACCAAAUUUUAUUGCACUUGAUGCAACAACGACAACUACAGAGAAUCAACAUGUAAACGAAAAACAAAAAAAACGUCAACAAGCAUCAUACAAAAAAUUUGUUGGUAAAUGUCCAUUCACAUUUGAUGGUGCAUAUGGUCUUACUGAAGCAAAUCAUUCUAUUACGUUAUGUCAACAUCGAAGACAUCAUCAAAUCCAUUUAUAUAAACAUCUCAUACGUGCACAUCGAUUAAAAGAAGUUUAUGUUCUACGUUUAAUACAAGCUGUUGCCAAUAAUCAAGAUCCUAGGAUAACAAAAUUAUUUGAUGAAAAGGAAAAUGUAAUUAGUCAUAAUUAUAAGGUACCAUGUCCUUUUUCUUAUGAACAAAUAAAUUCAUCAAAAUAUACUGAAGACAAUCUCGUCAUUCCAUCUUGUGGAUGUCGUUUCGUUCCAUUUUAUACUUUAAGAGGCCAUUUACGACAACAUCAUAAGAUUUCCAAUAAAUUGAUACGACAAAUAUUUGAUGAUUUGAAAGAAAGUUGA